AUGGCGUCGGACGACCGUACGGUCGAUGUGGUGGCCGAGAUAGAGCGCGCGCACGCGUUUUGCGGCGGCGGCGGCGACGGCGACGGCGGCGAUGCCUUGGGACGAAUGAGACGAGACUUCGGACGCGAACACGGCGCGAUGUACGAGAGGAUGCGAUCGAUGUUGGACGAGGACGCGCGCGAGGCGAGGACGAGAAGACGGCUCCGGCGCGCGUUGAUCGCGGAGUUUCCGAAGUUUGAUGCGUACGCGAUCGAUGUGGCGGUGGCGUGGGACGACGCGCGUUGCGCGACGUUGGCGCGCGGUCUCGUCGAGACGCCGACGGCCGAGGUUCCUUUCGGUGACGAGAAGACACCGGUGGUUCGAGCGGCGGAGAAGGGGCUAAAGGAGCGUCUGAAGUUCUUGCACGAGCACGGGUAUGCAUGGGAUGCGGAGACGUGCAUGUACGCCGCUGAGAACGGUCAUUUGGAGUGCUUGAAGUUCGCACACGAGCACGGAUGUGCGUGGGAUGAAAGGACGUGCAUGUACGCCGCCAGGAGCGGGCAGUUGGAGUGUUUGAAGUACGCACACGAGCGCGGGUGUGCGUGGAAUGAAGAGACGUGUGAUUACGCCGCUGGGAACGGUCAUUUGGAGUGUUUGAAGUACGCACACGAGCACGGGUGUGCGUGGGAUGAAGAGACGUGUGAGUACGCCGUUAGGAACGGUCAUUUGGAGUGUUUGAAGUACGCACACGAGCGCGGGUGUGCGUGGGAUGAAGAGACGUGUGAUUACGCCGCUGGGAACGGUCAUUUGGAGUGUUUGAAGUACGCACACGAGCACGGGUGUGCGUGGGAUGAAGAGACGUGUGAGUACGCCGUUAGGAACGGUCAUUUGGAGUGUUUGAAGUACGCACACGAGCACGGAUGUGCGUGGGAUGAAGACACGUGCAUGUGGGCCGCCAGUAGCGGUCAUUUGGAGUGUUUGAAGUACGCGCACGAGCACGGGUGUGCGUGGGAUGAAGACACGUGCAUUUGGGCCGCCUCAAACGGCCAAUUGGAGUGUUUGAAGUACGCGCACGAGCACGGGUGUGCGUGGGAUGGAGAGGUGUGCAGGCGCGCCGCCGACAGUGGCCGCCGAAAGAGAGAAGACCGAGUGGAGAAUUAUUGGAACUGUUUAUCGUACGCGAUCGAUCACCAAUGCCCCGGAUACGAGACAUCCAUCACAUUGUUGCGUCUCGAACGCGAUGCGCAAGCCGCCGAGAUAAGCUUCAUCGUCAAUCUCGCACUCUCGCACGCGCGAAACGGCUACAUCCCAGAGCGCGAGUACGCCGAGCUCAAAGCCGAGCUCAAAGCCGAGCUCAAUCGCGCUCGCGCAGGAAUUGACAACAUUCUUGACCAACUCUAUAAGCGAUUUGGUCUUCCCCGAUUCGAGCGUCUUCACAUGAGAUAA